GUGUUGAACUACGACAAAACCGACUACGAACCACAGAAUCUGUAUUUUCACCUUCUUCUCCAGUAGAUAUAUAAGAAUUCUCAUCAUAUAGGAGGCAAUUCCGAACUAUUUAAAUGGAUUCAUUACUGUGACUAUAUAAAUCAGUUCGAUCCAUAUUCAAAACCGAACAUCCAUUCCGCGCGCUUAAACCGAAUAUUUCAAUAUUCCCGGGCAGAUAUGAACUCCAAAAUCAUCCGCGAAAGUGAGGGUGAGAACGUUCACAUGAAGUGCGAAAAAGCGGUACAUUUUUUAAGAGUGGGGCGUAUAAAGUUGCGUUUUCUCUUCUCUAGCCCUGCAUAGACCGGAGUAUGGAGGGCUGAAGAAAAUUCUUUCAUAGUCUUACGCUUUCAAAGUCAUGCCUGAGGAUCAAGGAUCAUAAUAAAUAUCUGGCUAAACGAUAAAUGUAGCUGUCUGUAGCAUGUACUAGAUCAUCUUCGGUGAAUUUCCAUCAGCGAUUUCACUUUUGGUACGGCAACUUUCCAAGUACUGACGUGGAUUACAAUCUGAAACGGGCACCCUGGAUCCGAUUUUUACAUAAUAUAAUGAAUCGAGAUAACAUAAAUGCUUUCGUUGCUAUCUUUAAGUCUAAGAUCCGAUGGGUCGCGACAUUGAAAAAGUUAAAAAACUGUAAAUAACUGCGUUGUAACUAUGGUUGUAAUCAUAGUUGAAUCUGCAUGUAUGCAUGUGUGUAGGAUGAAGAGCGGUGGGGGAAUCUAAUGCUGUCAUGGCUGACAUUGGGAAAGAGGCACAUUCGUGCCAGUGUUGAAUUCUGGUGCGAAAGGGUUUGGUGGCGGUGAAAUACUCGUGUUUCGUAAGUGAAUCUCAGAGUCUUUAGAGCAUGAUCAAUUAGAUCAUACUUUUCGUUCGAAAAAACAGUGAAUAUGAGGAGAAAUGAACUUGCCACUAAACGGCGACAUCGCUAGCGACCUUGUAGUAAUCAUAAGAGGAGAUAAAUGGGCAAAAUCUAAGAUAAUGGAGCCCAGAGUGUGGAGAACACGACCUCGCGGAAUAGUGGGCAUUUGCGUGAUCUUGGCAUUGACGGGUAUCGUAUAUUUGGGAUACUUUUGCCCUGACCACGUCUGUGCGCUAACAAAUCGUGAUCUCAAAGAGUCAACUCGCGUUUCUGAGGGUUUCACAUCCGGCGGAAUUGAGAGGAGCUUGCAAGGUCAUCCCUCUUUCAAACUUCAAAGUAUACAGGGCAGUCUUGGCUACGAAGAUGUGAUCAACGACACUUUUCAAUUUGACAUGAAUGCCCACGACGUCAUGGUAUUUCUACACAUACAAAAAACUGGGGGGACAUCAUUUGGCAAACAUCUUGUGCGUGACUUAGACUUGCAGAAGCCAUGCUCAUGUCAACGCAAACGAAAACGUUGCUUAUGUUAUCGCCCAAAUCGAAAUGAGCAUUGGCUAUUCUCUCGGUAUUCAACUGGUUGGAAAUGUGGUCUGCAUGCAGACUGGACCGAAUUGACUAGCUGCGUUGAUUCUGAGUUAAAUAAAAUGGAAGGAGAAGGAGUCAGCAGGAGAUAUUUUUACAUAACAAUUAUCAGAGAUCCGAUAGCCAGAUAUUUGUCUGAGUUCAGGCAUGUACAAAGAGGUGCUACAUGGCGGGGAGCUAGACAUUGGUGUGGUGGCAUUCAGGCCAAUAUACCUCAAUGUUUUUCAGGGGCAAACUGGCAAGGUGUCACAUUAGAAGAGUUCAUGCAGUGUCCACAUAAUCUUGCAAGUAACCGCCAGACCCGGAUGUUAGCUGACUUAUCUGUGGUAGGAUGCUAUAAUUCAACUCUUAACAAUUCAGAGAGGGAUCGUCUCAUGUUAGCUAGUGCUAAGCAUAACUUACAGUCGAUGCCGUUCUUUAUGCUCACCGAAUUUCAGAAGGUUGGUCAGUACUCGUUUGAAGAAACAUUUGGCAUGAGAUUUGCAGUAGCUUUUGAACAGCACAAUGUGACAUUAAGCUCUGCAACAAUGGCUACGUUAACUAAGGAGCAGAUAGAAUCUGUAGAACAGCUCAACAGGCUGGACCUGGAGCUCUAUAGGUAUGCAAAAGAAGUUGUGUUUGAACGCUUCACGAGGCUUAGAAUUCGUGAUCCACAUUUUGUACAGCGGUUUCAACACCUUGGUGAGCUACCCUCUCGCCAAAGUGCAACAGAAUUGAAUUGGGAUUCUUUCAUUGAAGAUACCACCGAUAACGACUAGUAUUAUUGAUGGAUAAAACGAUUUUAAUAUUUAAAAACGACGUCAAGUAUGUUUCGUUGACUCAUCUUUUUAUCCAUCCUUAUACUCCAUCUUCACUUUGGCAGACCAUCUAUUAUGUAUUCACAAAUAAUGUAUUCGGCUCAUGAAUAAUUAUGGAAAAGUGAGUUGAAAUCUCAAUUCUGAUGAUCCCCAAAACAAAAAAAAAGUUAUUUGUGAAUACCUGAUAGCUGUACAAGAUAGUUACAUUUUUUAGGAAUAAACGUCACAAAUAAUUGUCACAGCUAAUAUAAAAUGAUCGUGUAUGAACAAGGUUAUUAAGAAAAAGAUAUUUUCUUUUUCUCUAUCGAACAAAGAGAGAGUAAGACAUUCUAUUGAUGAGAUCUCAGUAGAAGGAAAAAAAUAAAGUGCGUUUGGCGUUAUCUAUGAUUUCGAGCGAUCUGAGCUCCACCCUCUCCUUCUAAUAUUUGUAAGUAGAAAAAAGAUAUAAAAGCUCAGAGUGCUCAGAAAUGUAUUUCAAACAAAUUGAAAGACAAAAUCAAAUUUGUCUUGAUCCUAUAUCAAAAAUAUUUAUUUAUUAAUGCAAACAUACGAUAUUGUAUCUCACUGAAAAGUGAGUGGUAAGGUAUUAGUUCGGGUAUUAUGAAGAUGUUAAAUUAGUACGCGAAAGACGUUGGUAAACGGGAAGGUGAGAAUGUAAUCCUGAACCUGUUCAGAUUAUGAGAUUAUUGUAUAUGUAGAUUUAACUGUUUUUUUCUUUUUAAGUAUAUCAACGCGAAAUCGCAUAAAAUAACAAUUCGUUUUGUAAAUAUAUUGAGAAUGUAUAUUUUUAGACGAAUAAUUUGCACUGCCGUUUGAAUAAUGCAGCUUUUGGUUUAAUAGAGGAGUGAUCUUUAGGAUUCAGAUUUCAUACAGGAAAUCUUACAUACAGCAUUGCAUUUUCGAAAGUAUUCAUCUUUAAUUUCAUUAUUAACAUUUGGUACACAAGCACACAUGCCUACUGGUAUGCAUCACACGCAAUUUCACUGGUCUCAGUUUUGCUUAUUAUUCCUUAGCAAUAAUCGGCAAAUAUACAUAAUCACACAAACAUGUUAACUACCGAAAUAUGUACAUUCACCAUGCAAAAGUUUCUAUGUUUUGCAGAUAUUGUAAAUAGCUUUGAAUAUGAUUUUUCAAAAAUGCGAUUAUCUAUUGCAAAAUUUGAUUUAAUCCGGGUCAACAUUUUUGUUUUAUAGAUUGUUGUUCAUCGGUGUCUGAAUUAUCCCAAUGAACCAGAGUUGUAAACGUUCGGUGAAUAAAGAAAUAACUAGUUUCACAAUCAGUGUAACAUCUCACUGGAUUGGUGUUCAUUAAAAAGAAAACUUUGAAAAGUGAGUGUACUGUACAGAUGUGGCUUUAUAUCAAAAUUCAUGGAUUGUUCAUAUCAUUAUGUUUAAACUUUAGGUACCUAUAAACUAAAUAGUGAUACUUUAUUGUGUACACAUAUUAUGAAGUCUUGUAUAUAAGAAUUGGAGACAUAUAAGCCAUCAGUAUCCAUCGUGAUGUAAGUUAAAAGGUUCCAUUUUUUAUUGGGAACGAUUUGUUUUAAUAAAAUUACUCUAACUUCGAGACACACACAAAAGUAUAACUUUAACAUGUUGAACUUUGUGAACAGUAUUUAAUUACCUAACAACGAGAUUUUUCGAUCGUGUCUAUUGACAUUAAUACGAAUCAAAAUGAAAGUGAGUUGUACAGAAUAAUGAUCAAAAUCGAACGUUGUAGGUGCAAUAAGACUCGCUGGGUUACCACAAUAAUUAUCUCAUACCAACCAGUCAUGAAACAUAAAUGUAGUAUAGGUAAUAAGAUAAUUUAAAAAUAUAAAAUAAAUGGUCUUUUUUUUCGUGGUGAAAGUCUCAGGCUUGUAAUACGUCAUUUGAACGGAACAAAGUAUUUGCUUCCAAGAAAAGUUGUUAUUGAAUCCUGUAUGAUGUGUCAGCCAAGACCUUUGCUUUUCUCUACCAAGCUUCACCCAGCAUACAUCCAAAAUUUAACAUCUUUGAUUUUACUCAUGUACAAGCGAUGAGUUUCAUGCUCGUACGUCUUCCAAUUUGUGUUUUAUUCACAAAUCAUUGACUUGGCUGGCGCGUUUGAUAUCAGCAAUGUAUCUCAAAACGUGAUAUCAGUUUUGAUAACUCCUUUUCUAUUAAGACAAUAGAUUGGUAUUUUCGUUCAAAUAUCAUACGAAAAUCGUAUAUCUCAUUAUAAUUAAGUGAAUAAUAUUAAGGACCAAAGAUAAAAUAUGUCUUUGCAAGCUAACUCUGAGCUUGCAGCACAAGCAAUUAUGAGAGAGAAUUUUUAUAGAUCCAUCGCAAAUUUAAGUGUGUAAAAAACAAAAAGAAAGAGAAAAAAAUGUCAAUCUUUCCAAACGUAGAUACGUACCUAAGUUUCUGCAUUUUUUUUUUUUGAUCAGCUAAAACCAAAGGUGUUGUGCAGGAUAGAUAUAAAUUGUGAAAUUUAUUUUAUCCUAAGUUUGAAGUGAAGUCCAUUAGGUCUGAAAUUCCAGUAUAUCUUGGAAGUAAUAUCGAUUUCAGAGUAUGCCAUAUCAUUCUGUGUCUUGUAUCUACAUUGCAUAAUACCUUAGCUGUAGUGUAAUGAAAGCCAUCCAGGAGUAGUUGAGCCAGAAAUAUAUAUAAUGAGUCGGUUCAAUAUUGUUAUCAUUAUUAUUACUAUUAUUUUGCAUUCUCUUUUGGUUCGGUUCGCAAGGCAUUCAAAGGCGCUUAUACCAUUUGCUGUACUCGUUUAAAUUUUUCUGAAUUCCAUGUUCCUUGGCAGCGAUCAAAACGAAGACAUUCGUCGGUGCUCUAACAUUUGGAACAAGGCAGCUUAUCCUGCUAUGAAUUAUUAUUUGUGAUUGUAAUUCGACUCGAAGAAUUAAUUAACUAAGUAACAUCGUAUACGCAGUAGUAACAUAAAUUGUAGAUACUCAGUUUUAGUGCACGUUUGAUCAACUAAAUUUCUAUAUUUCAUUCAGCUUUAUUGUGUUAAAAUAAGGUGUUCCUGGAAUGUCUAUUGACAUCAUGCUUCAAACGUCUUCGUUAUUGAUCAUAAAAUAAUACGCUAACAUAUAAUUUAUUGCAUUUGUCAUAAUUCAGAUCAAUAUGAUACCAUAUUUAGUCAACGAAAAAGCCAUGACGCUAGCCUAAUGGAGCAAACAAUAGGCCUAAUGCCUUCUGUACCUUGUUUCAGCCAGUGUACAUAUUAUACCAUUAGUUCAUAAAGGUUUAUUGAAAUAUAAUCUAAGAUUUGAAUGACACUACAAUGAUGUAAACAAAACUAGGCUCACAAAUGAUCUAAUCAAUUAUUAAUUAUGUAAACCUUCUAAUAAAACCUGAAAAUUCUGUUA